ACAGAAAUUUUGCUACGCCAUUUUUUUGGACAAGCCGACUCUUCAAUUUGCCGGUCAUUAUAAAGGUUAUUGGAUGGUGUGUUUUAGUGUUAUUUUUAUAAAAAAAAUCUAUCCAGACCGUGAUCUUUACAUGUAACAGAUCGUAUGAACUAUGGCAGAUAAUGAAGAUCUAGGAUUAGGUCCAGAGGAUCACUUAGAUUCGUUAGAUGAAGCAAAUGGUAUGCACGAGGACGCUCUUUUGAAUGACACAGAUUUAGACGGCGCCGGAGGAGACGAUCCGGAGCUUGAAGCAAUCAAAGCGCGUGUACGUGAAAUGGAGGAAGAAGCAGAGAAGUUGAAACAACUUCAAAGUGAAGUCGAUAAACAAAUGAACAUGGGGAGUCCUCCAGGACUGACCAGUCCGUUGAACAUGUCGCUUGAAGAAAAAAUGGAGGUCGAUAAUCGCAGCAUUUACGUUGGAAACGUAGAUUACGGUGCGACGGCUGAAGAAUUAGAACAACACUUCCAUGGUUGUGGUUCAAUCAAUCGUGUUACUAUUCUGUGCAACAAAUAUGACGGACAUCCAAAAGGUUUCGCUUACAUCGAGUUUGGAGACAGGGACUCUGUGCAGACUGCAAUGGCAAUGGAUGAAUCUUUGUUUAGAGGAAGACAAAUUAAAGUAAUGCCCAAGAGGACCAACAGGCCAGGGUUGUCCACUACAAAUCGGCCGCCGAGGGGUAGAGGAGCCUUCCGAGGAGCACGUGGCGUUGGACGAGGGUAUUACGCUGGAUACAGGCCCAUGCGUAGGCCAAGGAGUUACAGACGAGGUGGAUAUUUUUCACCAUACUAACGGGCCUGGUACCAUCAGCCUGUUUUUUCAGGAGUUCCAUUUUUUUAAAAGCUAGAUUAGAAAAUAACAAAAAUGUAAAAAAGUUCAUGUACAUGUA